AUGGACCGAUUCAGAGAAUCACUGUUAGUGAUUGCCUUCGUGGCCACGGUUCUUUUUAUAUGCGAAGUUUACAUCUUUCGAAAUAUUGAACUAUGUAUAUGUGAUACGACAGAAAUUGUCACAGUUGAACCUUCAUGGAGUUCGUCUCUUGAUAAACGCAAUGAGAAUGGAACUCAUACCACUGAGAAACUUUAUUUCAAAAUAUCGACAGAAUUAUUGGAAAAGAAUAUUCCAGAAGAUGUGGAUGAUAGUAUAAUUUGGGAUGCAAGUGUCGACAAAGUUGCCUACUUGCAUGCCAAGUUUGACAAUUUUUGCUAUAAACCAGAAGAACCUUACUUUGAGCAUAAGCAACCGCUGGAGAGAAGUAAACUUGAUCGUCGUGGAUGUCAAAAAAGGCUGCCACAAAUUAUCAUCCCGGGAGCGAGGAAAUGUGGUACGGGAGCUUUAAUGAAAUUUUUGAAUACGCAUCCAAAUAUAACGGGGGCUUCGGAAGAACUGCACUUUUUCGAUGAAUGGAGAGUACAGAAAAAUGUGUCAGAUUACAGGGAAGACAUGCCGUAUACCACCAGUCAUCAGUUUACUCUAGAUAAAACACCCUCCUAUUUCUUUCGCCCUCACAACACCCCGCAGUUGAUCAAAGAUGAAAUCUCUUUAGAUACAAAGAUUAUCAUUGUGUUGUGUGACCCAGUUAGACGCGCUGUCUCGGACUACUUGGAAUUUCUCUGGCUAGAGGAGCAGAGAUAUAAAAAAGGUAUCGUCGCAAAGAAGAAAGAGAUGAGAAGUUUCGAACAUUUGGUGUGGGAUCACGCAUCGAUACGCGGUGGGGUUAACCAAUUAAACGAAAUGGUUGAUAUGGGAGUUUAUAUAAAACACCUUAUAAGGUGGUAUGACGUCUUCAGUGAAGAACAGAUUCUUCUUCUGGAUGGUAGUUUUCUUUUAACAGAUCCGGUUUCUGAAUUGAAAAAAGUUGAAAAGUUUCUUGGCCUGAGAAAUUUUUUUCUAAAAGAACAUUUUUCACUGAAUGAAGAACGGGGUAUCUUUUGCAUGGAUUUUCCCAGCAAAUAUUGCUUACCCGGAUGUAAGGGACGCAAGCACCCACACGUGGAGGACAAAGUAUGGGCGACACUGUGUGACUUUUUUGCACCAUACGACAGAUCCCUUGAACAAAUGACAGGAAAACAUUUCUCAUGGGUUGGUAAAUGUUCGAGUCAAGACCAAUGA